UCAUUUAUGAUUGACCACUUUGUAACGUUUCCCGAGAUGAAACAGACGAAGAAUUUCUUCGCAGAAAUUAGAUAAAAGAAACAAAUUGUGAGAUUUAAUCCUUAUUUAGACGUGCAUGUCCAACUAAUUAUUAGCCCAUUUAUUAUGCACGGCUGACUAGAAAUUUCAUUACGGAUGAGUAGUAAUACAUUCCUCUUUUUAAUAAUGUUUCCUUUUCGGUCUUUCUUCCCUUGGAGAACUGUUCUUAUUCUUAUUACUCUAACAAAACAAUGUUCAUCAAGCAGCAUGAGAAAGUGGUUUCAAAAAAUGUAAAAGUUUUUGAAUUUUUUUUUGAAUAUUCUAACAAAACAAUCUUCCAUCUGUUUCAAAAAUGUAAAAGUAUCUCGUUUGUCCAUAACCCGCCACACGAAGAUAUCUAUUCUUCCUCUUUCCAACUGCAAUGUUUCCUUGAAAUAGUCUGUAAACAGAUUUUUAUUCCCAAAGAUAUUUUUGCAACGUUUUCUUUACAUAUUUUUCUAAAGUUAUUUGUUCUUUGGGUUUUAUAUAUGGAAACUCUAAUGUUAUUUGUGUUUUGCAGGUUGAUGAAGGUUGGCUUACUCGAUUGCCAUUUUUUUGGGUUUUACAUAUUGCAACUCCCCAGUUAUUGCACUCCACAUAACUUUCCUCACCUUAUUCGAUUGUUCCAUUUGUUCAAUGAGUAAAAUUGAAAAGUUUUAAACCAUUUUUAGGCCAACCGAACGAAGCGAGGGAGGACUCUAUAUAUGGUGACUUUGUGUUAAUGUGAAGCGUGACAUUUUUUUCCAAUUUCACAGAAAAAAUUGGAUUUGGUUCAAUAAUGAAAGGACCUCCCUGCCCCUCCUUGAUUUUUUCCCUUCUUUAAACAGACGUGAAUAACAGUUUUGUAAAAUGAGAAAAACAAAAACACGGUAUUGAGUUAGAUGUCGUGAGGUCGAAUCUCGGCCACCUCCAAAAAUUUCAAUCUGUUUCUUUCUUUCUUUCUUUCUUGUUCUUCCUCCUCCUCUCGAUUUCUCCUCUCUGAACUUCUGGUGAUUUUGGUUCGAGUUUGAGAAGAUGAUUUCGCGUUUGAGAACGCAAAGAAAAGAUUGGUUUUACCUGAGCUGGAUGUUGCAGCAGUUAAAUAUGAUGAAUGGAGAGUGUUUUGGUAUGUGGUAGGGUUUGAAAUUGAAUUGAAAUCGAGAGAAAAAGGGGAGGCGCUGUUAAUGGAGAAAACGAGAGCAUUCAGAGAGAGAAAUCGAGAAGAUGAAGAAGAGAGAUCGGCUACAGACGGAGAAUGGAUUUGUGUUUAAAUCACUUGAUUUGGAAGAAUAAACCAGAAAAGAAAUUGAUGGUGAUGUCCUCAGUUGAUGAAGAAGAUGAAGAGGUUUAGAUGAAUGUUUGAACAGGGGUUAAUGGGUUCUCGAAUUCAGUGAUGCUGAUUCAACGAUGUUUGCUUGGAUAGCGUUUUCAUGUCCGAAUUUCAGUCGAUGGAGAUUCAUGUAAUGGAUAAGAGUCAUUGAACAAGAAACCCUAAUUUAUAUUCCUCCUCAUGUACCUCCUCGGAAGGUACUGCCUGCAAUAUAUUGUGGGCAAGAGUUUAUGAUCGGGGUUGGCUCCAAAAGUACUGGUGCUUCUCUGUAUUACAAAUCACAGAUCCGGAAUGGAUCUCCACCUUGGAGGAAUGUUGAUAAAGAUGGAUACUACGUAUUUGUUAUCGGAGAGAAUUUGACUCUUUGCUGUAAUGCUUUCUCGCCACAAUCAAACACUAGGGAAACAACGUUCUCUUUAAGGAAGAUGCCUUUGGUCAAAGCCAAGAGGUAUUGGGAGGAUUUCUUAGCUCACAAGUAAGCCAUUCCCUUCAGACGUUUUUGUGGUGGUGUUGGUAGGACUGCUCAAGCCAAGAACCGUCACUCAAAUGGAGAAGGACGUUGGCCCGCUAAGUCCGCCAAGUUCAUCCUUGAUCUGCUUAAAAAUGCUGAGAGCAAAUGCUGAUGUAAAAGGUUUGGAUGUGGAUUCACUUUACAUUUCUCAUAUCCAAGUCAACCAAGCUCAGAAGCAGAGGCGUAGGACAUACCAUGCUCACGGAAGAAUCAACCCUUACAUAUCAUCUCGUCACGUCGAGUUGACCUUAUCAGAGAAGGAAGAAGCAGUGAAGAAAGAGUUGGCUCCAAGGAAGUCAAAGAAAUCACAAGUUCUUCGUAGUGGUGCCUCAUCUUAAGCAGUAGAUGAGUACUCUGAAAUGUAUUAAGUUCUUUUUGAGCCUUGAUAUUCUUACAUUAGAAACCAUUUUUGUUGCUUUUAGAUAUGUCCCGACUUUCAAGCAUAUGAAGAUUUUGGCAUAUUCUUUUGAUGUGAAUCCUAUUUUGGUAGAAUUAGAUUGGGUUUGGUAGGAAUAAUAUGCAGGGAUGGAGUUGUGUUUAGGAUCUAGAAAUCAGGCUAACUCAUCAAAUUUCAUUUUGGGCAUGCUUAGCAGGUGUUUGACCGAAUUCCUGAACCAGCCAUGUAGUAAAACUGUGCAAAAGGGAGGAGAAAUAGCAAGCCAGUGCUACUAGUUCUGUAUACUGGGUGUCGGAGAUUGAAGUGUGGAACUUAAAGUUUCAUUGAAUCAUAGAGUGGGUAUCAAUUAUAUUUGAAGAAUCGCAAAGGGAUGUAUGCGUUGCGAGUCAUGUUUUCGGUCAAGUUUCUGCCAGAAUUGUAUUAUACAUCUAUGAACAAUUUUCAACUGAAUUCAAUUUAGCUUUUCAACUGUAUACAAUUUUAGAAACUGCUUUACAUCUCUUUACAGAGAAAUAUGAUGUCUUUGUUUGAACA